AUGUCACCAUCCCCUCGGUCGGCAGACACCACACCCACCACUGCCGGAGGACGAAUUCCUCAUCCUCAACCGUCUGGUGGAAGCGCAGAAUCCUCGCGACCGAGCACCGCGAGUCUGGUUCGGACGGAGCCUUAUGGCGGCUAUGGUGGCAUCGCUCCAGCCCGAGCUGUGCCGGACCUGGGUCUGGGAAUCUCGUCUCGUCGACAUUCGGCCGAGUCCAACGUCCAGACUCCGUCUCGAGCCUUGGGCGUCCACAGCAUUCUAAACCCUGCGGCAGAGCUUGAAGACACAUCCUCUCCCGAUGUCCGAUUCGCCCCUCAGCACGCCAUGAGCCUCAGCCAAACUCUCGUAGCCGCGCCGACCGAGUCCCCGCGCAGUCGAAAACGCGCAGACCCAAGGUCACCUCCCCGAGAAUUCGAGCCGGGUUCCGGACGCAUGGGCAGGCGUGUGCUGACCCCGAAAUCACCGGGUUUGCGGGCAGCGAGUUUGGGAACGAGAAGAAACCCGGCCUUUCACUCCUCUAUCCAGCCGUUACCACCCCCAGCAGGCACCAGUAGCCGCCUCUACACAGCCGAACCAGGCCAGUACCAGACAUCGGAGAUUCCGCCCCUUCCUCCUCUAUCACUUGCGACCGGUGCACCUUUGAGUGGCAUUGUACCACCCGAAGCAGGACAGCCUCGCUCAGCACACGUCCAGGAAAGCCCUGUCGCCCGUGGAGCCGAGCCAGCAUCCACCUCUCAGACUGAGCGAUCUUCAACAGUGCAGCCUCCAUAUAGCAACAUCGACCGUGGUUCGCCAGGGUAUCGAUAUAGUGUGUCCAAGCCGCCACCUGCGCCUCAAGCACCCGGCCCAUUCAGGGCUAUCUCGGCGGGCGGUGGAGGAUUGUACAUUCAUGAAGCACCAGGACACCACGGACUGCACGAGGGCUACCAGCAAGACCCGGCGUCGUAUCAGAUAACUCUGAACACCGACCAGGGCCCACUGAACAUCCCCGUUGAGUUGGACCUGCAACAAGCGUCCAAGGUGGCAGACGAGAAGAGAAAGCGUAAUGCCGGAGCUUCGGCACGCUUCCGCGCUCGCAGGAAGGAGAAAGAGAAGGAAGCUUCGCAGACCAUUGCCGGCUUGCAGCAGGAGCUGCGGGAUUUGAUCGAAGAACGCGACCACUAUCUGUCCGAGAGGAAUUAUUUUCGGGAGUUGGCCAUGAGGUAUGUGUCGGGAGCGCAGCUGUUACCACGACCAGAAUCGCCUCAGCAGCGCAGAGUGGCGGGUGCGACGACUGGGGGCCCUCACGUAUCGAGUGGUCUCUUGGAAACUCCCACCGUGUCUGACGACUCGUCGCGGGAACGCAACGAACCUGGGCCUUCGAGUCAACGCCGUCGAACGGGCGAUUACCAGCCUAGUUUUACAGGACGACAGACACAUUCACCACCUGCGCCGGGCUAUGCCACAGCAUUUUCGUCACAACCCUCUCUACCACUUCCUCCGCCUCCGGUCCCGAGCAUGUUUGGAGCGUCCAGGGCGUUUCCACCUGGCCCGCCACCACCUCCUCCCGUCACCCGAUCGCAGUCCUACGACCCCUUUCGGAGAGAUCCGUUUGACAGGAGCUGGAACUCUGGCCGGUGA